UUUGAACUGUGUGUUUGUAUCUUCUUUAGGCACAUUUUCUGGUCCUGCACCUUAGAGUUUCUGAUUUUGUCAUCAUAGUGUCCAGAGCUCACAACCAAGGAAGAAUUCUUGAGCUGUCUCUGGUGCCGCAAAAAGAAUUCCCUUGGGCAGGGGUUCUGGGACACUUGGCGGGGUAGUUUGACUGGGCUGGACGCUUUCCCACCGCGGACCAGGGCAGUUGUAUGGCCGUCAGAUGUUCUGGGCUGGUGGCCUGGGCUGUGGCCUCGGCCAUUCCCUAGGGGCCGUGGACAGCAGUGAGACCUCUUUGACCAGUGACAUCUCCGAUAUUAACAGACAUGUGCUGGGGAAAGGGACUUUCCCUGGGGACGCCAUGGAUUUCGCUGAUGUCAUCUCAGCCCAGACACAGAUCAAUAGACGCCUCCAUGAGAUCGAAACACUGGAGGCUGAAGUGACUCAUUGGAAGAUGUUGUGCUCGUGUUUCACCCAGGGACCAAAUACCAUCAACCCAGAAACAGUGUGGAAACUGAAGAGCCACAUCAGAGACCUAGAGCAGCGGCGGAUGCAAGAGAUGGACGAACAUGAGCUGGAAGUGGCGGUGUUACAAAACGUCCACCUGCAGAAACUAGCAGACCUCACUGACCAGCACCACAAACAACUAAUGGACUAUCCACGACAGGUGGAAGACCUGCAAAACCAAGACUCUGCUGGGAACGUGAACCGUGACCUUCUUCAGGAAAGGGAAAUGGAGCUCAGAAGGUUGAAGCAACAACUUACACAAAUGCAGCGGCUGAACGACAGUUUGAACAACAUUGCUUCAGAUCUCCGAGCAGGAAAGCAAAAGUUGGUCUGGGAGCUCCAAGAUGUAAGACAUCAGCUGGAGGAAUCUGUUCUGCACAACGAGGAUUCUCUGGGAAACAACAUUUCUAUGAGGGCUUUAAAAAUAGAGAAAGGGCAGUUAGUGGCGAAAUUGUGUCUAGCUGAAAAGAAGCUGUUGGAAGAGACAAACUAGUCUGAGCGAAGUCUCAAAGAGUGGUCACUGGUAGAGCAUGUGCAUUUCAUUCAAUUGGGUCAAGAGAAAGACCUGGAUAUACGUCCAUCGAGCAGAUGGACGCCGACCAUCAAGAAACGAAGGAACUGCUGUCCUUUGCUUUGGAGGAGCAGAAGCAAUUGACAUAAUGGGUCAGAGAGCAAGAUGUGUACAUUGAAGAGCUUAGAGAAAGGCCAGAGCUUCAGGAGGAAUUCGGUAAGUCGACCGAAACCUGAAGAAGUAGUGAUUUUACAGCCAUCCAUGGAGGACAAAGACAUGCGUCUCCUAUCCAUGAUAGACGAACAUCGUCAUGUGCGGAGACCUAGAGCGCCUCACACAACAGAGUCACACUGUCCCUCUGGUCGACCCUAAAAUCCUAGAGGAGAUUGUAGAACUAGAGUGUGAGGUCUUUCAGCUCAACAAGUUAAAAGAUGAUCUCGAGGAGGAGAUACAAGAACAACAGAAGAUCAUUCACAACCAGCAGCAGGGGAAGAGAGCACUGCUCCAGUCCUUCCAGGAGCAGAAGGAGAAGGUGCACCGUCUUCAGCACCGGCAGGAGGAGAUGAACACCGAACGCGCUCAGCUCCUCGCAGCCAAAGACGAGAUGAUUCGGAAUCUGCAAGUCACGCUGGAAGAGCUGAGAGCCCAGUUGCCCGACAAAAGCCCGCCCAUUCUGAGAGAACCCUGUGAGGAUGAGGAGGUGCGAGCAAGCCAGCCUCUCCCCAGAGAGAACAGAAGUGAAGAGCGUGAUCCAUCUAAAGUUGAAAUUCAAAGGUUGGUCCAAGGAAUCAAAGAACAGGACCUGGAGACGAAGCUUCUCACUGAAGAGAACGU